AUGGCUCAAUUUAAAGCCGCAGAAUCCAAACUCGAGCAGUUUCGUAGCUACUUAGAACAGGCCGACGUUCUGGAAAACCUCACAAAUGUGUUGGUAGCUCUGUAUGAAGAGCCAGAGAAGCCCACUAAUGCCUUAGAAUUUGUGAAAGAGCACUUAGGGAUCCCAAAACCCGAACCAGUAGAUGUAGAAAGUCUCCGAGCCGAAGUUGCAGAGCUCCGACAGAGGUAUGAAAAGUUGCUGGAGGAAAAUCGAGAUCUUAAAGAGAAGCUGUUGCAAAUUGAGUCAGCACAAGAAGAGGAGCAGCAUGUAGAGUAG